GCGAUCUCUUCCGGACAAGCCUUUGCCGCGGGUUCCGGUGUCGCCUCCUACCUUCUCCGGUUUUCUAGUGCCGGCAAGCAGGACCUCACUGGCAUCCUGUGUGGAGAAAGGAUCAUGGAUGUUCUUCGUCCACAGCUGCUUGUCCUUGGUGGCCGUAUUUACAGGAAGAAUCCUGUCCAGGAAAAGAUUUGCCAGCCUGAGGAAGAGGAUGAAGAUUUCUAUCAAGGCUUCGUGGAAUGUGCUGAGGAACUUGCUGAUGUCUACGAGGUGGUGCAGACCCCUAACGGCUUCCGGUGCACAGUGAGGGCACCCAGCUUACUCUACAAGCAUAUAGUUGGAAAGAGAGGGGACACUCGGAAGAAACUCGAAAUGGAAACGAAAACUUCAAUUAGCAUUCCUAAGCCUGGACAAGAAGGAGAAAUUGUGAUCACUGGCCAGCAUAGAAAUGGUGUUGUUUCAGCCCGGACUCGAAUUGAUGUUCUUUUGCUCACUUUUCGAAGAAAGCAGCCCUCUACCCACUUCCUUUCCUUUUUCCUCAAUGAAGUAGAGGUUCAGGAGCGAUUCCUCAAGUUCCAGGAGGAAGUGCUGGAGAAGUGCUCCAUGGAUAAUGGGGUCGACAGCUCAAUUUUCCAGAACCCCAAAAAACUUCACCUCACGAUUGGGAUGUUGGUGCUACUGAAUGAGCAGGAGGUGCAGCAGACGUGUGAGAUGCUGCAGCAGUGUAAAGUGGACUUCAUUGAUGACAUUUCAGGGGGAAAACCCUUGGAAGUGGAGAUGUCGGGGAUCGAGUACAUGAAUGAUGACCCUGGUAUGGUGGAUGUCCUUUAUGCCAAAGUGCACAUGAAAGAUGGUUCUAACAGGCUGCAGGAGUUGGUGGACCGAGUGCUGGAGCGUUUUCAGGCCUCUGGACUAAUAGUGAAAGAUUGGAACAGUGUGAAGCUUCAUGCCACAGUCAUGAAUACGCUCUUCAGGAGAGACCCCAACGCUGAAGGCAGGUACAACCCCUACACAGCGGAUGGCAAAUAUAUCUUCAAGGAGAGGGAAUCGUUUGACGGCAGAAACAUUUUAAAGCAAUUUGAAAACUUCUACUUCGGGACCCUCAAGCUCAACUCAAUCCACAUCUCCCAGCGGUUCACCGUGGACAGCUUCGGAAACUACGCCUCGUGUGGCCACGUCCAGUUCUCCUGAAGCCGAGCCAGGGAAGAGCAAGGCACAGUAUCACCACCGGUGCUGAAGGGAGAUGUGACGAUCCAGAUGGGACUUUUGGAGUGGGCAUGGACACUGGUGGUCUCUGGUGGCCGCCCACAUCCAUGGUACUGUCAGGCAAGAAGAUCAUGAGCACAAGGAUUUGUCCUGUAAUCCUGGAAUUGUUGCCUUUCCCAGAGUUUGUCUUUCUGGCAAAACUCUUUGGAAAUAGCCCCUGCAUUUCAUGGGUGUGCCUAUAAAUGACCUUACCCCAGCGAUUAAACUCUU